AUGUGUGGCACUCUUGAUUACCUCCCUCCUGAGAUGGGAGGUAAUUCAGCAAAGAAGGACAUCAUCAUUGCUGGAUUCCUUAUCUAUUUCAACAAAGAAGAUGAUUUGCAGAGGGGGAACUUUUUGAAAGAUAUUUUGAAGGGUGUACUGUUUUUAUUUAGAAGGUUCUACACUCUUGUGGUGUUAUACCUGUCUUUCAGAAUCUCAUUUGUAAUGGACUUGUACUUGCUGAGGAUGGAUUCAGUACGAUUAUACCUAAUUAACUCUCCUGUUGUGCGCGAGGAACCAUUACGUGUCAAGAAGGAAGGAGUUUACUGUGUUGUUGAUAUUAUUCUUUCAGAUGGUUAUUUGGCUAGAGCUGCUGUUCCCAGGUGCCUCUAUGGGCUUCAAUCCGAGUUGAUGGCUCUAAUGAUGGGUGGAGAUUCGGGGAUAUUUGUUUUCCCUGAAGAAGACAACAUAUUCUACUGGAAAGGGACCAUCAAUGGAAGCAAAGACACGGUUUUUGAAGGGACUCAAUACAGAUUGUUGCUCUCUUUCCCCAAUGACUAUCCCUUUAAGCCUCCCACGGUCAAGUUUGAGACUUUCUGCUUUCAUCCCAAUGUCGAUGUUCGCGGCCAUAUUUGCUUGGAUAUUCUUCAGAAAUGGUCUUCGGCUUAUGAUGUGAGAACCAUCCUCUUAUCGAUCCAGAGCUCAAUUACAGAACCAAACACAAGCUCACCUUUGAACCCCCAAGCAGUGCAACUUUGGAGCAAUCAAGAAGAAUAUAGGAAGAUGGUGGUGAAAUUGUACAAGGCUCGAAACGCUUAA